GAAAAAGCCCGUGUGGGUUCUUCCCGUCUGCUUAUUCGUGCCGUGCUAACACACAAAUAAGGAAAUGCACAUUUUAUGGGCUUUAAAUGCACCACGCAGCGGCGUCAAGUACAUUCGCGGUGUUUCUGUCUGGUGUCAGACCUCUGGACACUCGCCUGGAGAAAGUCGUGCAUCUUGGCCAGAGGCCACGGGGAGCGGCGGGCAGUCCCUGCUGCCCGUCACCCGCCCAGCCGCUGCGCAGCCCGUUCCCUCCCGGCAAGCCCCACCCGUGUUUACUUUCUCCAGGCUGCCCGGGGAAACUCCAACCCGGCCCCCCAGGGCCAGCUCGAGGGAGAACAUUCCAGUGCUGCAAACCUCGGGCUCCCCAAGGACGUGAGCCUGGGGACACUCUAGGGUGUGCUAGCUGGUGGGGGAUGGGAAAGCAUCUGCUCUGCUCUCGACCUGGGGCACCGGGGGCCAGCAGGUCACCUUCCCCAGCCACUCCUGGGCAUCCUGGCUGCCACCCGAGGCCCAGGAAUUUUCCAGGAGAGGAGCUGGACUCCAGGAACCCAAAUGAAGGUCCGGCCCCUCCCUCUGCACUCAGCACACCUCCCGGCCGCCCUCACCCCAGGGAAGGGCCCGUGCGUCCCCGGCUGGCGGGACGGCGUCGGGCGUGCAGGCAGCAUCCAGGUGCACGGGGCGAACCCGGUCGCCGCUGUGAGGUCCGACCACCCGUGCGGACGUGCACGGCUCCCGCCCACCUCUUCACGGCUCUGAACCUCGAUGCCGAAGUGAAGCUGUCACUUAGUGCUGCUGUGGGUUUGAUCUGGGGACGCUGUCCCGAAGCAUGGGCGACACCGGGCUUCCUGUCACAGCCCCACACGGGAGCACACGCUGUGCUCGGAGGGACACACCUUGGGGCCUGGCGGUCGGCAGCCCGGCCGGCUGCUCCCGGCUCCCGUCCCGAGGGAGCCCCGUGGAGAGCCGCGUGGGAAAACCCGCACGUGGAGGACACGCAGGACUCGCGGGGCUGGAGCACGGACGGCCCCGGGCACCGGUGGGGGCAGCACCGGGCAGGUGGGAACCCGGCCUGGAGCUGGCUCGGCUGGGCCACCCCGGGAGCACACGGGGUCUCCCACAGGCAGGUGUAAAGACGCGUCCUCCGAGUUCCUCCCGAGCUGGUCAUCUCACGGGAAUCCAACGGUGUCCCUCUAAUGGUGACACAUCGCGCUCCUGGCCCCAAGGGGAGGCUGCCUCAGGAGGAGGCGACGUGCCCUACGGCUGAAUGGGAGUCAGGGGCCUUCCUCGCCUGAGUGAAGCCCCCACAGCAUUGGUCAUCCAGCUGUCCUCUGCCAGGGGCUUGAGACCCACUUUCCAUGGGGCCAGAGAACCUGCCCAGGCCACUAAUGUAUCUCCUCCCUGGUCCCAGGUGCGGGGACACUGGGUGCGCCCUGGGGUUAGACGCGUGGAGGAGCGGGAGGCCCAUGCCACAGCGGGGACGGAGUACGGGGCGCCCACUGUCCACUCAGACCCAUCCCAGCACCCAGAGGCUGUGGGGUCUGUGGAGGAAACAGCCUGUUCCUGUCCCGGGAGUGGGGAAGCACCAGCUGCCGGGCGGGAUUCAGAGCCCUCACCCCGUGGACGGCCCCGCCUUCCAGCCUCGCUGACCCCAGCCCAGGGCACAGGGCGCUCUGGCCAGCAAGGUGGCGGGGUGCCCGCCCCUGGUUUACGGCCCGUGUCUGGCUGCAGGGUUUGCCGGGGCAGGACGCUGCCCUCUGCCCUCCACUCGGUGCCGCCCACAGCUCACUUCCUCCCAGCCAGGCCUGUCUCAGGGUCAGGCUCCCACGCGGAGAAAUGGAAAGCCAGGGCAAGUCCCCUGUUGCUUCCCAGGAAAGUCCCCACGGAGCCCCACUCCCGCCCGACAUUUCCACGAGGCUCAGUUUAGCCCGAGCAGGAAAGGGGAUUUCUCUCUCCUGAGAACCCGAGAGUCUGACAGGCAGCCCCUAGUGUGGCUCCCGGGAGAGGGGCCCUUGGCGGCUGGGCUGCCCAAGAAGAGGCAAGGGGUACCCUGCAUGCCCCAGCACGGGGCGCUGGAGCCCCACCUGCCUCACACCUUCCAGAACGUUCCUGGGGCAACAGGGUCUGCAGGUACCUUCCAGGAGCCAGAGGCCCCUGUGGAAAGGGGCCUAAAAGCAGGGAUAUUUGGGGUCAGGGCAAGGUGAUGGAACAGAACAGGAUGGAAUCCUGGGCUCCAGCCAUUGUGACGGCCCCUAGGGACUCGCUCCGGGGACAGCUCCUGGAGAGCCAGACACGCGUGCGGGAGACGUGCUGGGCCCUCCUCCCCUCAGCCCUGGCCUCACGGCAUCCCUGGAGCCUUGUAAGCCUCCUAAGUCAGCCCUCCCAGACCCUUCACCACCAGAGUCUCUCUCCCAUCCCCCAAUGGCCUUUCCUUUGCUCCUUCAAGUUCAAGGAGUCUGUGGGGCUUUAAACCGACUUUCAUCCAAUGAGCCCAAGACGGCCGUCCAUGCUGUGCUAGGCCCCUCCCUGCACAGGCCCUGCACAGGGGAGGAGGCGUGGGGACAGCCCGUGCCAAGGCCCUGGAGCAGAAAGGUGCUUGGAGAUCAGAGCUCUGAGCUCGAAGAGGUCAAGGUCCCCAUGCAGGCAGGGCAGGGCAUGGCCUCGAGGGAUGGCCCUUCAGAGUGUGACGCACCCCACCCCGGGCGUGAAGAGACACCUGCUUGUGCCUCCCAGGAGGCCAGGUGUACCCUCCUGGUCCUGCUGGAGCCUGCACUCUCGCCGCCGACCUGGUGACUGCACUUUCACACGGGGUUUCCCCAGGGACUGUGUCUGUGGCGAGGACUCUGACCAGGAAAUUCCCAGAGAACAGUCGAGGAGGGAGAAUUGGCCUCAGGCCAGGCCGGGCAAGGUCAGGCUCGAGGAGCCGUGGGCUCCCGCAGCGCCCAGGGCAGGAGAGCGCAGCAUCCCUGCAUCAGCACAGGCCUCCCCCCCAGGGACGGCACUCGUCUGCCCGUGUGCGGCCAGCCCGUGGUCAUACAGUGACCUUCCGGAACGCGGGCUGGCCCGUGGGGCCAGGGGACAGCAGACUCGCUGUGGCCAGCGAGGGGCAGGAGGCAAAACAAGGGUGACCAGGCCCCGGACGGCAGGUCACUGUCUGGGAAGCGACCCCAACCCUGCAGGCAGGUCACUGUCUGGGAAGCGACCCCAACCCUGCAGGCAGGUCACUGUCUGGGAAGCGACCCCAACCCUGCA